UGUGUCCCCCUGUGCCACUGGGUCCUGUCCCCGUGACAGGUGGGGUCCGCUGUGACACGGGGUCCUGUCCCCGUGACAUUCCCGUGUCCCCCUGUGCCACUGGGGACCUGUCCCUGUGAUGUGUGGGGUCCCCUGUGCCACUGGGGUCCUGUCCCCAUGCCAUGCCCCUGUCCCCCUGUGUCACUGGGUCCUGUCCCCAUGACAUGCUGGGGUUCCCUGUGCCAUCGGAGUCCUGUCCCCAUGUCAUGUCAGUGUCCCCCUGUACUAUCAUGGUAGUCCCAUUUCUGUCCCAUGCAUUGUCCUAUCUCUCUGCCAUGCUCGUGUCCCCCUGUGCCAUCGGGGUCCUGUCCUUGUGCCAUGCCGGGUCCCAUUCCCGUGCCACUGGGGUCCCAUUCCUGUGACAUGCGGGGUCCCCUGUGUCACUCGGUCCUGUCCCUGUGACAGGUGGGGUCCUCUGGUCCCAUCAGGGUCCUGCCCUGUGCCUCCCCGUGACAUUCCCGUGUCCCCCUGUGCCACUGGGGUCCCAUCCCCGUGAUGUGUGGUGUCCCCCUGUGCCACUGUUGUCCUGUCCCCGUGAUGUGUGGUGUCCCCCUGUGUCACUGGUGUCCCGUCCCCGUGACAUGUGGGGUCCCCUGUGUCACUGGGUCCCGUCCCCAUGACAUGCCGGGUGAGACGUGCUCUCAGGUGAGAGAGGGCUUGGGGACAGGGUCGGGGGGGAGACGUGGGACUUGGGGACAUGGGGGAAUGGGCAUUGGGACGAGGGACAGGUGAGCAUGGGGACAUGAGAGUUGGGCAUGGGGACGUGGGACAUGGGGUUCCCUGUGCCAUCGGAGUCCUGUCCCCAUGUCAUGUCAAUGUCCCCCUGUGCUGUCGGGGUCCCAUUUCUGUCCCAUGCAGGGUCCCACCCCUCUGCCAUGCCCAUGUCCCCCUGUGCCAUCGGGGUCCUGCCCUUGUGCCAUACUGGGGUCCCCCUGUGCUGCGCGGGGUCCUGUCCCGGUGCUCUGUGGUGUCUCCUGUGCCAUGGGGGGGGGGGGGGGGGGGGGGUGGUCUUGUCCUGUCCCAUGCUGGGGUCCCCCUGUGCCAUCAGGGUCCCAUCCCCAUGCCAUCGGUCCCCCCAUGCCAUCGCCGCCCCGUCCCCACGCCACGCAGGGGGCGACCGUCGUGUGAGGUGACGUCCCCCCUCGUCCUCCCCUUGUCCGUCCGUCCAUCCAUCCGUCCGUCCAAUCCGUCCCCGUCCCCCCCCCCCCCCCCCCCCCGCCGGUGACCUAGCGGAACCAGGGCUGACCCUGCCCUGGCGUGGGAGGCCGCACCAAGGAAGUGCUUCCUCAGGAACCCCCCCGGCCGCUGCCCGCCUGGCGUGGCCGCCGCCGCCGCCAACAGCGCCCGGUGUCGCCGCCGCGGCACCACCCGCGUCUGCUGCCAGGGGCCAUGCCUCUGCUAAAGAAAACACCCAAGGAGGAGGAGGAGGAUGGCGACCCUUUCACCGCCAACCCUGAGAGCUGCUGCCACCGGCGGGCCACCCUGGAGCGCCUGGUGGGUCUGGCACCCUUUGGCCAUGCCCGCCACCCCCCACCCAAAGACGAGGAUGGGGACGGUGGCCAGGCGCGGCGGCAGUCAGAAGAUUUCAGGCUGUUGUGGCGGCUGCCAGGUCGGUGCAAGGCCAGCGUGGAGGCGCUGGCGGAGAGGCCGGUCCCCAAGUGCAGCUCACUGCUGUGGCUGGCCUUGGGGACACGAAGACGGCGGGGGUCUGCAGGUGAGCACCCGCCAAUGGUGGAGAGCGAGGGAGCAUCCAACGGGGACCAGGAUGGCGGGGGACAGCGGCAGGUGGGGCGUGGGAAGGCCAGGGAGUCACUCUCGGUGCUGGAGAUACUGGAGCUGAUCCAGCGGCAGGAGCUGGUGGCAGCCGAUGAGCAGAUCAUCGCGCUGGAGGCAGAGUGCAUGGCCUUGUCCCCGUCCCCUGUCCCCACGGCCGGGCGGCAAGUGCAGGACAUGUCGCUGCUCUACGAGGCACUGCUGGCGCAGCUCUGGGUGGUGGUGGGCGAAGCGGUGCCCGCCGGGCGCCCCUACCCUCCCUUGCACUCAGUGAUCCGGGUGCUGGAGCAGGAGGAGGCGGCCGAUCGCCGGCACCCGCCAGGCACCCCGGGGCGCCCGCGCGCCCUGCAGCCCCGCUGGCAGGAGGCGGUGGGACGGGCGGCGGGAGAGAGGUUGGCGCAGGUGGCACCUGCCGCCGGGUUGGGUGCCCGGUUGGCGGCGCUGGCAGCUCAGUUGGUGGGCGAUCUGGGUGCUGUGCGGUGCCACGUGGCACCUGCUUACCCCCCCGAGUACAGCGCCUUCGGGGUCUACGCCUGUGGGUACCACCGGGCACUGGCGCAACAGCUGGGCGCGCUGGCGCAGAGACCCCUCGUCGUGCCCAACCUCUACCUUCUACUUGACUGGCACAGCAACGCCUACCCCAGGGAGGUGCUGGGGCACCCUGAGGUGGGGGCCCUACUGCAGGUGCAGGCACUGGGGCCCCUCUUACCCCCUGAGACCCAGUGCUGCCUCGACAGCUCUUGCAUCGCCGCCAUCAAGGCGAAGGUGGAGGUGGCAGUGGCGCAGGAGCUGCAGUUCAGCAAGGACACAUGGGCAGAGGAGGCCUCCAGCCAGGAGCUGCAGGAGGGACUGGCCACCCGCGUCACUGGGCUGCUGCGGGCACACGUGGACCGAGCCCCCCAGAUCACCCCCGAGUUUGGCAUGGAGAUGGCACACAGCCUCCUGGGCGUGCUGGUGGCCUUCUUGCACAGUUUCCAGCGGAAGGUGGAGUGGUUCCUAGAGGCCCCCAGCGAAGCCACCCCACCGGACGGUGCCACCAGCCUGGCCAUCGCCCUGGUCAACUGCUGUCCUCCCUUCAGGACUUUUGCCGAGCACCUGGCACAGUUUGGGCACCCAGAGAGUGAGGAGCCCCGAUGCCAGGCCCAUGCCACCCUGGACAAGGUGACCCGGCUCUGCAACCACAUCCUCACCCAACACCUCUUCGAGGACCUCAAGCCCUACUUCAACAAGCUGAUGAAGCACAAGUGGCUGACAAGCUCCGACGCUUUCGACACCAUCGUGAUGCUCAUCACCAGCUUCACCCAGAAGCUGUGUCCGCUGCGCCCUGAGCCCUACCAGGUGCUGGUGAGCAAGGUGCACCGGCAGGUGCUCAUCGAGUACAUGCAGCCGCUGCUGCAGGUGCGCUUGGUCUGUACCUCGGCCAAGAUGCGCGCCCGGGUGGCUGCCCGCCUUGGGAACGAAGCUCACCAGCUCCGCGAGCUCUUCAGCCACUUGGAUUCAGCCUCACCCUGGCUGGAUUCGGUGGUGCCGAGGUUGAGGGAACUGCUGGUGCUGGAGGACACGGUGGCGCUGCAGAUGGAGGUGGGUGUCCUGGUGAGGGACUUCCCCGACGUCCGGCAGAAGCACGUGGUGGCGGUGCUGGACGUGUGGGGGCUGCGGGGCCAGGCGGCGCGGCUGGAGAUCCUGGGGGUGGUACAGGACCUGGAGCAGAGCAAGGCCGAGCCGGGGCUGCCGUGCCAAUGCGCCGCCUUCUCCGAGCUGGCCGUGGCCCGCGAGGUGCCAUGUCUGCCCUUCCACCUGCCGCGCCUGGCGCGUCUCUCCCACCUGCACCUGCGUUGCCUGUACCCUCAGUGCCCCGGCCAGGCACAGCUCUGAGUGCCCGCGACCACAGGUGGGUGCAGUGAGGCACCCCCCCCACCCCCCCCCAGGAGCUGGGUGCUCGCCUCCCACAUUGCCCCGGCCAUGCUCAGAGCCCCCCCUCGCCCACGCAGAGCUGGGGUGGGGUAGGGGGGGGGGCUGCGCUGCCCCAGCUCAGAGCCUCGCCCCGGCACUGUGUAUAAAUGGUGUGUCAAUGCUGUAAAUUAA